CAACCCUGCAUUGCUAGAAACUUUCUUUAAGUAGGGGGAGGAGGACAGGGUAAAGCUAUUCCAAGCGAGAAUUCAGGAGCUGGGUCUUCUCAGAAAGCUGCGGCUAGCAUCCGGGUGAGUUCCUCAAAGUUCCUCUACAAGACUCUCAUCUCUUCUCGAAUGAUGGAGCUCGUUCUCGCCCGUUUCUUCCUUUUACUUUGCUUCUCUGUUCCGGCACUCACCGUCUCUUCUUUGAGCCCCGAUGGCCUCCCUCCACUACGCUCGCUCAUGGCUCACUGGACUAACGUGCCCUUCGCUAUAAGCUCUAGCUGGAACUCCUCUGAUCCCACCCCCUGUAAGUGGGUCGGUGUAGAGUGUGACUCUGCUCACAAUGUGGUCUCUCUGAACCUCUCGAGCUAUGGGCUUUCGGGUCGUGUAGGACCUGAAAUCGGGUACUUGACCCACUUGAAUGUCCUCGAUUUUAGUGACAACAAUUUCACCGGUGAGAUUCCGUCUCAGUUGGGAAAUUGUACCCAUCUUCAAUACUUGGACAUGUCCCAAAAUGGGUUCACUGGGGAAAUUAAGGACGACUUGAGCAGGCUUCGGAAUUUGAGCUCCUUGCGCUUGUACUCGAACUCGCUGGCCGGCGAGAUACCUGAGUCAUUGUUUCGAAUUCCAAGUCUAGAGUAUUUGUACCUGUACUCGAACAAUUUGAGUGGUUCCAUUCCUAAGACCGUUGGCGAUAUGAGAGAGGUCUCGGCUCUUUGGUUGUAUGAUAAUCAUUUGUCAGGUGCCAUUCCCGAUUCUAUUGGAAAUUGUAGUAAAUUACAAGAACUCAUUUUGACUGGGAAUGAGCUCGUAGGAGUUUUGCCGCGAACCCUUGGUGCUCUGGAUAACCUCGUUUAUUUAGAUGUUAGUGGGAAUAACUUUGAAGGGAAGAUCCCUUUGGGUUCAGGCCGUUGCGAGAAUUUGGACACUCUGGUCUUGUCAUUCAACAAUUUCAACGGGGGUCUUCCACUGGAAUUGGGCAAUUGCAGCAAUCUAACUACUUUAGCCGCCGUAAGUGCCAACUUGACCGGAAACAUACCGUCUACGUUAGGCCAGCUAGAGAGACUCUCUUUUCUCUAUCUCUCUGAGAAUCAAUUGUCCGGAGAAUUGCCUCCUGAACUUGGCAAGUGCAAGUCCUUGAAAAGCUUGCAAGUGUACUCGAACCAACUUGAAGGGGAUAUCCCUCAGGAAAUCGGCGACAUCAGUGAGCUAGAAGAUCUCCAGUUGUUUGAGAAUCGCUUGAGCGGUGAGAUUCCACUUAGCAUCUGGAAGAUUCCAUCCCUGAAGAACCUUUUGAUCUAUAACAAUUCUCUCUCAGGAGAGCUACCACUGGAGAUAACCGAGCUCAAGAACUUGAAGAACGUUUCUUUGUUCAAUAACCAUUUCUCUGGAGUCAUCCCUCAGAGUUUGGGUAUUAAUAGUAGUUUACUGGCGUUGGAUUUCAUUAAUAACAAGUUCACUGGCCCGAUGCCGCCCCAUCUGUGCUGGGGAAGGAAAUUGGAAGUGAUGAAUCUCGGUGUGAAUCAACUUCAAGGUAGCAUACCCUCUGAUGUAGGAAGCUGUUCGAGUCUGAGGAGGUUGAUCCUAAAAGAAAAUAACUUUACCGGGGUCUUGACAGAAUUUUCAAGGAUACCUAACCUUUUGCUGAUGGAUAUCAGCAAAAACAGCAUCAGUGGGAGCAUCCCCUCUAGCUUGGCUAACUGUAGCAAUCUUACCACCAUCAACUUGUCCACGAACAAACUCACAGGAUUUCUACCUCCGGAGCUAGGGUACCUUACAAACCUUGUCAUGCUAAAUCUCUCUCACAACAAUCUGGAAGGUCCUUUGCCAUCUGAGCUGUCACGCUGUAAAAGAUUGGAAACUUUUGACGUUGGGUUCAAUCUAUUGAAUGGUUCACUUCCGUCAAGUUUGAGGAAUUGGACAAGUUUGUCAACACUCAUUUUGACGAAAAACCGUUUCGACGGAGGCAUUCCACUUUUUUUGAUGGACCUCGGAAAGUUGUUAGAGCUACAAAUGGGCGGGAAUUUGUUAGGAGGUGAAAUUCCCUCUUCGAUUGGAUCACUGAAGAGUCUAACGUAUGCUUUGGAUCUAAGCGAUAACAGAUUAAUGGGGAAACUUCCUUCAGAAAUUGGGAACUUGAUCGUGCUCCAGAGGCUGGAUAUAUCAAACAAUAAUCUUUCUGGAAGUUUAGCAGUCCUCGAAGAACUUGAUUCGUUAAUUGAGCUAAAUGUCUCAUAUAAUCUCUUCACAGGUCCGAUACCAAACCUGAUCCAUUUGAACUCAACUGUGUCUUCUUUUUUGGGAAACUCUGGUCUAUGUGUCAGAUGUCGUCCAUCUGGUUCAGUUACUUGCUCCGGGAGUGGUGGUCUCAGUCCUUGUGACAGUCCAAGAGACCGGAAAAACCUAACAACAGGUGCAACUGUCUUGAUAGCUCUGGCUUCUUCUCUAUUUUCUGUUUUUGUGAUUGUUGGAUUAGUUUUCCUGGUUACUUCGCGCAGAAGGAGACACCAGGAAAAUGAGAUCUCUGUUCAAGAUGGCUCGACUUCUCUGCUAAAUAAAGUGAUGGAAGCUACUGAAAAGCUCAACCAGAGGUAUAUUAUUGGCAGAGGAGCCCAUGGAGUCGUUUUCAAAGCUUCUUUAAGUCCAGACAAAGUUUACGCACUGAAGAAGCUUGCAUUUGGAGCAUAUAAAGGAGGGAAAUCAAGCAUAAUUAGAGAAAUCCAAACGAUGAGAACCUUGAGGCACCGGAACUUGGUCAAAUUGGAAGAUUUUUGGCUGCGAAAGGAUUAUGGCUUCCUUUUGUAUCGCUACAUGGAGAAUGGAAGCCUGCAUGAUGUUUUACAUGAGAAAUGUCCCCGACUGUCCCUAGAAUGGAAUGUCCGGUACAAGAUAGCAGUUGGAACUGCUCAUGGGCUGGCGUAUCUCCACUUUGAUUGCAAUCCUGCCGUGAUUCAUCGGGACAUCAAGCCACAAAACAUACUCCUUGAUUCAGAUAUGGAGCCCCACAUAUCGGAUUUUGGUAUCGCCAAGCUUCUCGAUCAUUCUGCUUCUGCUACACCUUCCAUGGCCGUUGCGGGAACGGUUGGGUACAUGGCACCCGAAAACGCGUUCAUGACGAAAAUGAGCAGGGAAUCUGAUGUGUACAGUUACGGGGUGGUUCUGCUCGAGCUGCUAACGAGGCAAAAAGCGGUGGAUCCCUCAUUUACCGACUCAGACCUUGUAGGUUGGGUGAGGUCGGUUUGGAAUAAUAGCACACAGGAUAUCAAUCAGAUCAUCGAUCCGAGCCUCGCAGAAGAAUUUCUGGAUACCAAUAUCAUGGAACAAGUUGCUGAGGUGCUUUUGGUUGCUUUGAGGUGUAUCGAAAAGGAGCCGAGCAGGAGACCUAACAUGAUGGAUGUUGUUAACCAACUAUUGAAAGCAAAUGUACCCAAGAGAAACAAAGGUAGCUCAGUUUAAUGUGGUAGAUUUUGGUUUUUCAGAUUCAUGUAAUCUUGCGUUUUGAUAGAAGCCGGUAAGACGAUGCAACAAAUGAUGGACGUCGGCACGUUGUCGAGGAAAUAAAAUUUAGCAAAACAGAUUCUCAUC